UUCUAUAAAUAUUCUUGAAAUUUGUCCUAGAGUGCAUUUAAUAUACUUGGAAAGAGAUUGAUCCUUUUUGUGUUUGCUUGUAAUAUUUGUUAGGGGGGAUCAGAGCAGCAUUUGGUCUGAGGAUAAUCAUUCCCCACUAGUGAGGCAAGACUCAACCCAGCACCCCAGGAAUGAGGAUAUUUUCCAGUCUGGCUGGUGGGAACAGGUACUGUUUCCAGUCUUGUAUGAGCUCCAGAUACUGCUCCCUCUAAUCUUUUCCCCUAGUUCCUUCUCCAGCCACAGGUACUGUACACACGUGCUAAUCAGGACUCUGUGACCACUUGAGGGGGUCCCUCAAUGCAUCUCUACGUUCUUUUUUUGUGCAGCUCUCUCUUCUCUGGUUCUCUUCCCUGAAAGCCCUCUUUGCCUUAGUCUUUCUCAGUUCGCUUCAUCUCCUCAAUUCAAGGUGUCUUCCAGGAUCCAACAAGGUUUCUCCUCCCUGCGCCAUGCCUGAAAUCUCUAUUAAAUCAGUAAGCUGGUAGACGUGUAGGAGUCAUCUCAGCUCCUCGUUUCUCAAGAAUCACUGUUCUUUGCUGCCUGAUGUCUAAUGUCUUGAAAACUGUUCUUUAAUGUAUUUUUCCAAUGUUUUUGUUAUCUGCGGCAAGAGAAUAAAUCCAGUCCCUGCAGAGCCUAUUUAUCCCUGUUACCAAGACGUGACCCUUCUGGGGUCUCUACUGAAUAUUCUCCACUGAGAACACCUAGUUCUCUCCACCUGGCUGGUCUGAACAAAGCUUCCCCGUGUGAGCGCUCAGGAUGGCUCACCUUACUGCUUUCUGGCAGCGCUUUUCCUAGUUUCACGGAGUUUCAUCCAUGCUUAUGUGGCUUUGCUUUCAGCAACAAACACAAGAGCAAACCUCUACCGGUUUCUGCAGCUCUUUCUCUAAAGCCGCUUCCUCUGCUUUGGCUUCUGUCCUGCAAAUUGUGACUGCCUUAGCCUCACCAAACUUCAGUCUCCGAACCCUCCACUCACCAUCACCCCUGCACUCUGCGUGGGUUCUCCUUUCCUGCGCUGAGGUCUGGAGAGUGCCUCCAGGCAGAAAGAAGAGGGGAUCGUGGGAUCCAUCUCACUUGUUUCCUUUUUUUCAGGGAUCAUAGUCCUGCGCUUUCUGUUAUCCAAUGUUUAAAAACUGCUGUUUCAUUUGCCCAGUUUUCUCGUUGUUUAUUAUGGGAGCGCAAGUCAAGUAUAGGUUUCUCCACCACAGUGAAAGCAGAAGUCUUCAAUGUAAGUGUUUUAAAUGACAACAUGCAAAUCAUUAUAUUGAAAGUGCUUUUUUAAAUGAAUAUCCCACUCCUACCAAAAUUCUGAUCACUCCUCUACAGAGGGCUGGCCCUUGUUUGAGAAUAGCUCGUCUAGUGAAAUCCAUGGAUGUAAAGCCUUUAAUUCAACCACAUUUAUUCAAACAUUUCAUAAACCGUAUCGCAUGGCGGGCACGGUGCUCGGUUCUGAAGAUCCAGAGACAGUAAGACGCCACUGGUGCCUUAAGGAUUUCACUCUCAAAGUCAGCACCUUGUCAGAGUGUUAAAACCCAGUAAGGGCAGUGACAGAGAUAAUCGUGCGAAAUACCAAUGAGGCAGGGAAAGCGGGGAGGGGAACAGGCUGCUGAAUCCAGUUUAGAGACAGGUGGAAGGUUGUCAAGGAUUACUUCCGGAGGUGACACUUAAGCUGACUCUUUAAAGAGGAAAGCAACUCACCACGCAAAGAGAGGACAGUUUGAGCAAAAACAUGAGGCAGAAACAGCACACAGUAUGCCUGGGAACAACAGGCCAUUUGAGGUUGCUGAAGCAAAAAUUCCCAGAGAGGGAGAGGCAGGGGAUGGAGCUGGAGAGGCCGGGAGAGGUCACGACAGGGAGGGCCUUCUGUGUCACACUGGGGAGCCUGCCACUAAGGGCUGAGUCUUUUACAUAACUUUGCAUGGUGGCUGGCAGGGUGCAUGCCCGCCUCAGCACGCAGCAGGUAUUAUUAGAUGAUGAUCAUGAGAGAUAAAUCUAAGAAACCGCAAAACUCUGAGCGGAGCCAAAAUCCCUUAGGUUCCGAGGUUCCAGAAAGUUAUCCGACUCCUCUGCCCCUUUGCAAAUUCAGCUGAGAUGUGUGGCAGUGGUGGUCAGCCAGCCCUGAGGUGCUGCUUUCUCGGCAAUUGGCUGAGCCUCUAGACUUGCAUCUAUGGCUGGAGCAUAGUAAGGAGGGAGAAGGGGAGAGCGUGAGUGAGACAGAGAAGAAAGACAGCACUAGGGGACAGGAAGUCACGCUGAGAGACACAGCCACAGUGGGGCUCAGAUUGAAGGGAUAGAUCAAGAAACACUUUAACGCAAGAAGAUGAUUUCUGGUGUCAAGAGGAGAAUCAUAUGCUUUCUCCCAGAAAACUCUGCAAAUACUUGGUGACCAACCAGACCACAAAGCCGCGCGUUCAGGGGCUCCCUCCCUCCCCAUCGUAGGGGUCUCUGGGAGUGGGGCAGGGUCUCCAGUCUAAACUCAAGCCAGGAUUCAGACACAUAUGGACAAUGCAGAUGGGCCGGCCCCAGCAGAAGUCUAUUUGUCUGAGGCGUUGAGGGGCCUCCAGAAAAAUAAUCCACAUGGAAGGAAAUGGGAAUACCACCUGAUCAGCUCAAACCAUAACAAGACUGAGUCCUUUGCAGGGCAGGGAUUCUGAAAAAACUUCAAAUGAGCAGAUCGCCAGGGCAUGAGUAGUACUGGCCAGGUAUUUCUUUCACAGGUAUAACAUGAAGACAGGGGCUAAGGUACUCUUCCUGGCUUUGAAACAGAACACAAAGCCGCUCUGGCUCCUUGAGGGCUUCAGGUGCUGAGCUGUAGUGAGAAAGGGAACACGCCCGGGCUGCCCAGCAGGAGGUGGAAGGGCUGGAGAACAGCGUGAGCCACACAGGUGCCUGGCAGUGUGCCCAGGAACACUGUGCUCGUGGCCAUGUGUGAGACACGCUCUGGAACUGCAGAAAUCUCUCGGGGGUGAUUUGUAGUGGGGUGAAGUUCCACAUGAGUUGGAAGAAGGAAGAACGAGGGAAAUGUGGAUUAUGACUAUUAAUGAGGCCUGGGAAAAGUUGAGUUCCACUAGGAAGGUACAAAGUUUAGGUUUCCCUAGGGAAUCGCUAGCAAGCUAAUAGCUGGCUCAUCCUCGUAGAAGUUCUACCUGGACACCGUUGAUCAGUUGAAAUUGUUUCUCUUCAAUUCUCCCUCUUGUAGCAAGUUUAUGAGCUGCAAAUGUCCCUGUUUGCUCAGGCCUAGGGCAGGAAUCCUUCCUAGAUCCUCAUCUCUACAAGUGUCCUUCUCAUGCUGAUUAAAUCCAGUGAGCAACCUCUACCACUAAAAAAAGCAGGGAGGUGCCUGUCUGAGCAAGAUGGGGAGGAGAUACAGGGAGGGUUCCAGGCCGCCGUGCCAAGCUCGCACAAAGACAGACCUUGAGACAAAAGAGACAAAGACGCUAAGCACAAACAGCUAUUUUGUUUUCCACCUUAUCGUUUUCCAUAUUUUCCAAAUUAUCUAUAGAAAGAGGCAAAUGCUAGUUUUUCAAAACCGAAUGUAAAAAGUACAAGUAAGCUCAGCUUUUCACAAUCUACAUGGAUGAGGCGCAUCUGGGUUUUACGUGCUUUCCUUUUGGUCACCCCUCAGGCAUUUGAUCUUGAUUAUGUAACACACAGGAGUCACAAAGAGCAACCACCUGGUGUGACGGAGGGCGUUCUGCCAUGCAGAUGAUGCAGAAGGUUGGUGUGGCUAAGCACUGCCAAAUCUGACAAACCUGUAUUUUGUGGCAUCCCCCUUGGGGACAAGGACCCUGUUGUAGAAGGAGACAGACAUGAACAUAUUUUCCUACUCACCUCCACUGGACCUUGGCUCAUCCAGCGAGAGUGAUUGACAAUCCCCAAAGGCUGUUGGCCAACUAUUUGCAAGAGGGGUCCAUGGAGGGAAGCCUCUUCCACCUGUUACUCUUUUCUCCAUCACUUCACAUCCACAGGGGUCCCUAAGCCCCAAGACAAGGGUCAAGUGCAAAUCUGGUAAGCCAAGAAGACCUAGCAGUUGUCAACUUAAUUAGCCUUCAGGAAAAAUAUAUGGCUAUAUAAGCACAGUAAAGUUGCUAUAGAGACAGGCAGAGGAGGUGCAUUUAGAACAGGGCCUCAUCGCAUCACCCGAUAAAAAUAAGACCCAGGCUUUUUAAUAGCAUGAAUUACUUAAGUUUUAAAUUUAACAGGGGACGACACCAAGGCACUCACUGGUUUUCAGAACAUUUGAGGAAUCUGGGCUGCCUGCUUCUGCAUAUGUUAGCAGCCAUCACAACAUAUGCUCUGGCGGAUGGCAAUGAAGAGCUGGAAGCCCACGUGUCUCUCCCACCCCCUGAGAUAAGAGAUGGUCUUUCUCACUUUGGUUUGUCCUCUUUAAUUGGGUGAGAUUUUCGAUGUGUUUCAGGAAAAUUUCUGAGAAAUAGCUCUACCGUGCUCUGCACUGGGCCAGUUGCAUGUAUUAUUGCUAGUCAUUGUAACAACCUUAGGAAGCAAUGAUCUCAUUUUGCAGACGACAAAAUAAUGAAGCUCAGAGAGGUCCAGAACUUUCCCAAGGUCACGGAGCUACUAAAUGGUGGAGUUGAGAUUCAAAUCCAGGUGUCCCCAUUCCAAAGCCCAUUGCUUUAUGAGACAUGAACCACAACCUCUGCACAGAGAGGAACCCAGGAUGAGGUGAAUCCAAGAAGCUCUACCAUUUUUAUUGGUAUAUGGCAUGGACCUUGUUAUAGUUUAAUCUCUCUCCUAAGGUAGUCCCAAAGUGGAUGGGUUCCAAGAAAUUCCACAGAGAUUCUGAGCUCUACUGGUGAGCACCUCUCCAAUUAUCCAAGGCAAGUGUUAAUUUCAGACUGACUUCUCCUAACCAUCCAACAUGUUUCUGGACUGUCUCUUCCCUAAGUGAGGACCACCAGCAUAAUUAACACAAGAUUCCAAACAUCACUGAGAAAGUGUCCCCACUGCUCUUGCAUCCAUGAAAGCUUAACCAUAUGAAACCCAGCUGGAAAUCCAAAGUGAAGUUCUUUUUGUUGACAACUUUGUCUUCGGAUUAUUCAUGAACCUCUUACUUUGCAGAAGGAUUUUUAAAAACAGUUUUCCAACAAAGGCCUACAUAGUAGACUCAAUCUGAGCCUCUAAGGCAUCAUCUUUCCUUGUGGGAAACUGCAGUGCUGGUGAGAUGAGAUUGGGUCUGGGACAAUGGCAGUGGAAGGGAGAGGAAGCCAAUGGGGAAGCCAGGGGACCCCUGGUGACAGUAGGAACAAGUGGUACCUAUGUCCCUCCCCAUUCAGUUUACCAGCUGAGGGUCAUGACAGAUGUCUGGGCUUCACAGGAUCCGAGAAGGCAUGUCUAGGGCAACACUGAAACACAUGGCUUGACAGAAAUUUGAACCAAAGCAUCGAACCCAGUGAACGGGCAGAAGGGCAGAGAGAAGGCAGGUAGAAGCCACAGACCAGAGGCUGGGACCCAGGGCACAGCAGAAGGUUUAGAAUCAGAGGGAAGGUGGUGGUGCCUCGGUAGAGUCCUUGGGCCAUAGAACUCACCCCAGGAGCUUUUUCAGGCUACCUGCAGCCUGCAAUGUGGGUGCAGAGUGUGGCUAAGGGAGCUGCCUGCUGGGACCAGCUCUACUGCUCAGGACGCUCAAAUCCAUCUGUAUGCCACUGUCAUCACCCCCCACACACUCCUUCCAAUCCCUGCACAAUCAGCACUAAUGUCUCACCAACAGAUUAAGACCUGAAGUACAAGAAAUAGGAUUUUAAACUCAAGUUAAUUCAAUUCCCCAGGUGACCCUUGUUAACUUAUUCACCCUCAGAGACAUAUUAAUAGUUCCUUCUUAUAUCGUAUAGCAAUUUGUGGGGUGGGUUUUCUGGUAGCUUUACCUUUUUUUCUCACUUCAGUUAGACAUGUUAUCUAUUUAAAAGUAAUAUGGGAAAAGGAAAAACGAGUGUAGGAAUAGCUUCCUGGCAGAAAUACUUUCACUAGUUUCUGAAUGUAAUAUCAGCCCAGCAAAAGUUAUCUGCAAAUACAGAAGUUAUCUGCAAAUACAUGUACAUCAAAGACACUCAAGUUUUUUUUUUUAACAAAUGAAUCAUUUUAUGCUACUGAAAUAACUCUGUGAUGUGCUAUUGGCAUUUAAGGAGCUAAAUAGACUCUGUGGGCCAGCCAACUUCUACUGAAAACAUUAGACAUGCACAGGCUUUAGACUCAGGCAAACCUUAGAAGUUCUGGCUUUGCUACUUAUUAGCUGUGGUAACUUGGGCAAGUCAUUUAACCUCUCUAAGCCUCAGCUUCCUCAUCUGUGAAAUGAGAAUAAUAUCAGUCACAUGCCAGGGAUAAAUCCAGGGAGGAGAAUGGCCAGGGGGCUAUGUCAAAGACCAGACACUACUUCCGCCCCAGGUGGAUGCCAGGACCAGGACAGUGAGCAGGCAAACCUUGCCCUUGCCCUCCCUCCCUCCCUCCACAAUCUUAAAGCUCCUUGAACAACCAACCCCCAUCCCCACCCGCUGAGAAUUUCCGUGCCCUCCUGCUGAAAGGGUUUGGCCUUUUGGUGUUCCCCUCCACCACGGGCUGUUUCCAUGCAAAGCUCUCGAGGGUGACUUGCAGGCUACGGUCAUCACCACCACCAGCCUUUCCCAUCCCUGCCUCUACCUACUGCCCUCUAAAUAAGGAAGCCAGCGCUGCCAGGCAAAGAACUUCUGCCCAAUAUGGGUCCUGGGUGGCCUCUCGCCUCUCUCUUUCCCUGGGCCCCCAGCCAGCUUCCCCCCUCCCUCAGAGAUGCUCCCUGCUCACUUCAUUCCUGCCUCAUAGUUGGAAUGACAGUGGCUCCCAGAACCCCUGGGGAGCGUGGAGGGUGAUGGGGGUCUGGGGAGGCAGCCAGGCCCAAGAGCAGGUUAAUGUUACAGCCCUGGAUAAGUGAGCCGGGCGGGUUGACGUCAGGGUGAUGAUGGGUGGAGGGGAGGGCCGGGCUGCUGAACCAACUAUAAAGAUAGGUCAAAUCAAAUAACAGCUCGGGCCGGAGCAAGCGGGCGAGCUAGAGAGCGUCCCCGAGCCAUGGUCUCUACCGGCCGCGGCUCAGCCUGGGUCCCUCUGCUCCCAACCCGAGUGCCCGUUGCAGGUUUUGGUUUCAUGUCAGCAGCCUUCAUCUGCCUUCCAAAAAUAAGCCCCUGCCGCCAUGCCGGAGGGAGAAAAACAAGAAGGGCGGUAUUUUUAGGGCCAUUAAUUCUGACCACGUGCCUGAGAGGCAAGGUGGAUGGCCCUGGGACAGAGGCUGUUCAUCACUAUGUCCCGGGGAGCAGGACGUCUUCGGGGCACGCUGUGGGCUCUCGUCUUCCUGGGCAUCCUAGUGGGCAUGGUGGUGCCCUCGCCUGCAGGCACCCGUGCCAACAACACGCUGCUGGACUCGAGGGGCUGGGGCACCCUGCUGUCCAGGUCUCGUGCCGGGCUAGCUGGAGAGAUCGCCGGGGUGAACUGGGAAAGUGGCUAUUUGGUGGGGAUCAAGCGGCAGCGGAGGCUCUACUGCAACGUGGGCAUCGGCUUUCACCUCCAGGUGCCCCCCGACGGCCGGAUCAGCGGGACCCACGAGGAGAACCCCUACAGCCUGCUGGAAAUUUCCACCGUGGAGCGAGGUGUGGUGAGUCUCUUUGGAGUGAGAAGUGCGCUCUUCGUUGCCAUGAACAGUAAAGGAAGAUUGUACGCAACGCCCAGCUUCCAAGAAGAAUGCAAGUUCAGAGAAACCCUCUUGCCCAACAAUUACAACGCCUAUGAGUCAGACUUGUACCGAGGGACCUACAUCGCCCUGAGUAAAUACGGACGGGUAAAGCGGGGCAGCAAGGUGUCCCCAACCAUGACUGUCACUCAUUUCCUUCCCAGGAUAUAAGGACCCGCAAAAGAAGGCUCACGGAUUUAAAGCAGCGUCUGUUCUGUUGGAAUUUUGCACAAGCGAAUAACUCCCCUUGCCCUCCAUGGCUUCUGAGUCAGGUUUAUCUCGUGCUUGGGGAGACCCCAGUUGUUUCCCUUGGCCACGGGACCCCACAGCAUGUAGCCCAUUCAAACCAGGGCUGCAAUCAGCAACCUUAGAAUGGCAAUUUAUCCCAUGCUCUGACCUCCUUCCAGGAGAGAAGGUAUCGGUGACACUUGUGGAAUGUGACCAUGUGCACAGGAAAAGGCCAGGGCAGGAGUUUGUGUGCACUGUUGUAUAUCCAUACAGCUUUAUAUACAUUCUCAUAGCAAUGGCAUUUCAAAGCAUCAGGUUUCUUUCUCCUAGCAUCAUCGCUGCAGGAAUCUGCCUAUAAGAAUGUCAGUUGUCAAACCAGCAAGAUUGAUGUGUGCUCCCAUUCUGCCUCUUUCCAAUCAUCUUUCCAUUCAGAGGCCACUAAUUACAUGGGCUGCACAGGUCAGCGGGGAGCAGCUGUCCUCAAAGGGCAGAGACGGCAUGGCAGAGUGAGAGGGUGUAAGGUUGAACUGCAAACUAGAGAGUGAUCAAGCACUUCAAGCUUCCUGCCAGUGAGGGCUUUGGGGACACUGGGAUGACUUGUCAGGGAAGCUGGGGGAGAAGCGGUUCCCUUCUUGGAGGAAAGGGGUAGAGCAGCAUCCAGGGCAGCUGAGGAAGGCUUGUGGAGGCAGCAGAAAGGACUGGAUGUUCUAGGAGAGCCACUCUGCCUGGAGAACUCAGGCUGUGUAUGGCUCCAAGAACAAGCAGGGGCCAGGCUGCCUGCCCAUAACGUUUCCUCACUUUGAACUGGUCUUAUUUUAACCUCAGAUGACAAGGAUCCUAAUAAUGGCAACCUCUUUGGCGAGGGGUAGGGGGACAAACUAGGGCAUGAAGGAAGUAGAGAGGCUUUGGACUGCAGAUGGUAAUUCCUCUCCAAGUAUGUCCAGGAAACGCACCCAAGUUCUCAUCUGAUACCCUCACUUCCUUCUUGCUCAUCCUCAUCUCACAUACGCGCUGUGCCUGGAUGCAGCAGCAUGGGCACCGUGACCUCCAGGCUUUGUGCUCUCUUCCUCCCUGCAGUAGAAGAGGAGUGAUAAUCCCGUGGAGUCAGGCAGCCAAGCUGAAGCAGCUCCUUGCUGCACAAUGCCUUCUUGCCUCCCGUCCUUUGAGAAUAUUUAAAGCAGAGGUUCCCCAAGUGACUAUAAAUGUUGUCUGCUGGAGCCUUCGGAUUCCUGAACCAUUGGAAUGUUCCUAAAUCUGAAACCAGAGGGAGCCGUAUCGGAGUGCAAAUAUUUCUGGCACAUGUGAACCAUCGAGUUACAAAAUGACCUGACGCCCUCUGCGACUCUCGGGGGCCCCGGCCUGCAAGACAAUCCCUCAUCUGUUGCAAAUACCUUCAUCUUCAACAUACCUCGCUAUUUGCAGUUGCAUCCAUCUAUAGAUAGAUCCGGGUUGAGGGACUCUGAGCUGAAGAUGGAGGUUGGCAAUCGAAGGGAGAGACGCCUUACUGGCCACCUCCUCUGCCCUGCAAAUGUCAGGGAGGACAUGUGCUGGGUGAGGAGGAAAAGGCCACAUCCAGAUAUGCAAAGAUGGAAGAGAGAGUAGAAGCCCUGGAGCACGGCCGACCCUUGGAUGUGGUAGAAAAGGGAGAAAACUGAUCCAUCUUGAGUCUGUGGAAUAUUGAAGUGCAGGUCGGCUUGGAGGCGGGGAUAAAGCUCUCCACUGUUUUUUAGGGAGUCUCAUCCAGUGCAAUCAGUCUCUUGAACACGGUCGAUCAGGAAUGCAGGCACUCCAGACCUGAGGUGCAUAUCGGUUCCUAGUGGAGCUUGGAGUGUGGGAUGGCUGGUGGAUAGCGUGACUGUGAUCCAGAGAAAAAAAGGAGAAAGACGUUUUAGGUCCCAGAGCAUACUGUCCUUUCUUCCAAGAUCUUUCAGCUCACAUGGCAUGAGAGGACCCAUCUUCAAGAGGGUCCCCAAAGCCUCAGGCUGCCAGCUCUUUCCUUCAGGUCUCUAGAGAAUCACAACGUUGCUCAAAUCCUGGCAAGGCAUUUCGCCAAAUGUCCACUUCCAUUUUUCACGCUAGGAGUGAGAAGGAGAAGCUACGAAGUGCCUACGGUCAAGCAGGCAUAAUACUGAGCCGCUGCACUGCGGUCGCACCAGCACCGGUUAUGAGGGGCUGGGUGUCUGUCUAACUGGUACCAGGGCCGAUGCUGUAUCAGUUGCUAGUAUUUGGGGCUUGUUUGUGACAGGGUCUCGCUCUGUCGCCCAGGCUGGAGUGCAGUGGUGUGAUCUCAGCUCACUGUAACCUCCACCUCCCAAGCUCAAGCGAUUCUCCUUCCUCAGCCUUCCGAGUAGCUGGGACUACAGGUCCAGCUAAUUUUUGUAUUUAUUUUUGGAGAGAUAGGGUUUUGCCAUAUUGGCCAAGCUGGUCUUGAACGCCUGGGCUCAAGCAAUCCACCUGCCUCAGCCUCCCAAACUGUUGGGAUUCCAGGCAUGAGCCACGGCGCCUAGCUGGUUGCUAAGUAUUUUGAAUACCACCUUUGGAGGCAGGUAUGUGUGGGUGAUGCUUUAAAAUCCUUCCCAUGCAAAGGAAUUCUCUCAAGGGCUUUCUGUUUUCCUGUAAGUGUCUUGGGCUUAAGAAAAGCCAAUCCCCAUCCACAGGAGUGAGUGAAGGGACAAGACCAGAGUAAGAUCAGCAGGAUGCAUUUCAGUCCCUUCUCUCCGGCUUCUGUUUCUGUUCCCCGGGCGUGGAGAGUUGUUUCCUAUCUGGUCACAUGUCCACUGAGUCCUGAGCUCAGUUGUCAGGCCCAUUGGCUCCCAAAGGCUACAGAAGACACUGCUAUAGGCAGGGUAACCAGAGUGCACCCCACUUUCCCAUUGAGGACGUACUAAGACUUGGGUCCUCCAUCCCCAAGUGCUGAGCAAUAAGCCUGGUUUAUAGAGUUUUGUAGCUAAUGCACCUCUCUUUCAUCCUGAAUCUUCUUUGGCAGCUCCAUGCAAACUUGGAGUUCCAAGGGCCAAGAGGCUGUUCUGUUGUCUCUUCAAGAGCAAAUAAUAGAGAGGAGAGCAGCAUAUCUACACACCCUUCAAGAUGCACUUCUCAGCUGCAGCUGUAGAGGUUAGCUUAGAAGCAAUGCGGGAGCCCCAGGCUCCUUGUAAAACCGCCACCCUUUUCAGGGCAAUGGAUGAACCUCAUAGGAAACCAGAAAACUCCAAAUGCCUUGUUCAAGCUGCUGAUUAUGUUUGUUUCAUCAUUCACUGCCUUGUAACACCCCUUCCCUUCCCACUUCCCAUACAUUUUUGAACCUCUCUGGAAAGCAGCAUACAAUUUUGUAAUUAAUACCCUACCAUUAUCCUCCGCAGCCUUCCCCUCUGCCACCACAUCCCACAGUACCCUAAUAUACAUGCCAAGCCCUUGGUCAGGGCCAGUCUAUGGCCUAACAAAAAGAACAUUUUCUUCUGCCAUCUGAUUCAGGAUACAAACCUCUCCCCUCUUUAGACAUAUAGGCAUCUCUCUCCUGCCCAGAAACCCAGGCCUGAAAUUCUCUCCCGACCCUCAUCCUGUCCUGGGCAGUUUGCAAUUCUCCUUCGACGCUGGCUCUGGGCCACUUUCUUGUCCUAGACCUCAGACCCUUCAAGUUCUUGUUCUAUGCAAGUCCUGAGAGAAAAAGGAAAUAGGAGAGUCCAUGAGCGGCAGUUCUCCUUUCUCCCCUUGUUGAAGUCCAUUGCCUUUGCCCAUUCUGUGUCACAGUCACUGGUGAAAACAUAUCUACCAAAUGCACAUCUACAAAUGUCCUCCAAGACACCAGGAUCUCCCCUCUGCCCUCUUUCUCCUUCUGCCCCCUUUCAUGUGGACACAAGCUAGAAAACUCCUUCAUUGGCCGGACGCGGUGGCUCACUUCUGUAAUCCCAGCACUUUGGGAGGCCGAGGCAGGCGGAUCACGAGGUCAGGAGAUCGAGACCAUCCUGGCUAACACGGUGAAACCCCGUCUCUCCUAAAAAUACAAAAAAAAAAA